GUCGUUUUGAACCUGGUAUUAUGUUGAGCUGGCAGCUUCAGCAUCAUGUGCGAGUGGUAGAACUAGAUAAAAAAGUCAAAACAAGGUUCAUGUAGUUGAGUAGUUUUGAUCUCAUGCGGAAAAUGCCAUCGUUUCAAAAGGCCCCCGCAAUUCUGCUGUUUUUCUUUCUACUUUGCGGCCAAGAUGAGUUUCAUUUUGCCACCGCGCUGCAGCUUACGCUAGGUCGGCAUCGAAGAGUGCAAAAAUUGGGGAAACUCGCGACUCGGGUGCAACAGAGGAAACUAGCAUCUUCCCAGAGAACAGGACCGAUGCUGUCGCAGUUGCCCGCUUCGUCCAAAAAGCGCGACUGCUUCUCGCGCUCCUGCGACCUUUUUUUCCGGGACAUGAGCGUCGCGGCCGAACUGCCCGCCCGCCGGGCGCGGGACUGCAACGACGACACGGGGCACAUUGUUGGGAUGGUGGAGGCCGGUUUACGUUUCGGACUGGCUAUCCCGCUGUUUGUCUGGGACUGCGCGUGCGGGGCGGUUUCGCAUGUCGUCGGGCUGAACACGCGCCGACGCUACGGGCUGACGGAGUGGGGCAGAAAUUGCGCUUGCUGAGUCCUCCGCUGCAUCGCGGAAAGCUGUCCUACCGCGGCCAUGCCGGAAAGGGAGAAAACGAGAAUAGUGAUAUAUUGCAGGAGUUGUUCGUCUUCGAGCUUGAGCAUGUGUUUCGUCUUGUCCUGUAGAAAAAAAAAUGGGGUAGCUGAACAAGAUUUGAUUUACUUCAUAAGUUUGUUCAUGGUAUGAAAAUUGGUUUGCCCUUGCCGCCUCAUUCCACCCGUAGCAUCCUCUUCUUGUAUGUAAGCGGUGCAAUAUCAAAUUGACAAUGUCGCGAUUCGAUCUUUCGUUGUAUGAUAGAUAGAUUCAUCGUCAUCCAGCCUUCUCUGGCUCCUGAAAACGAAAAGAUGUGGUUUCUGAAAGUACAGCUACAGAGAGAGACACAUCACAGACAACAUACACCCAAAUUACCAGCGAUGUAGGAGAAUUACUGAGAAUGAGUUACUAAUAUCUAACUUGCUGGUUAUGGUUUUGCAUCGACGCUGAAUUUGACGUGUUUCUGUGGCCCAUGAAUUACCUAGCAUGUUUGAGCCCUUUUUGUGAACUUAACAUUUUGUGGUUUGCAAAAUGCAAAGACAACAAGCAUCCUUUAAUGAACAAACGAGGCCACUACAUCAACGUGAGAGGUUUCAACUUGGUUUAGUUAAUCUUGUUCCGUAUUUCCGUCUGGUUUUAUUCUGUGUUUCACCAGUUCCCCCAAGCGCAAAAAA